AUGGCAACAGAACUCUUUUUAGAGAAAGUCCCGACGCCCCUCGGGGCGCGCCUCACGGCGAGGGACGAGUUCAACUAUCACAUGCUCGAUGAGAAACUGCCGCCUGUCCCAGAAAACGCUGAACGUAUUCGCCAUCCACCAACAGCACAUCUCGGCGCCCUUCAAGUUUUGCCUUUUGACCUUCUCUAUCUAAUACUCCCCGACCUUGACUUGCACGAGCUGAACAACUUUCGGUGCCUCAACAGACGAGCAUUGGAGGUGGUGGAAUCACUCACCGUAUACAAGGAGGUCACUCGGUAUGCACAUCAGGCAGUCCGCGGUGCUUUGAGCAUUGGAACGGGCCAUUACAUGAGCUAUCGCCUUCUCUAUCAGAAGUUAUGCACCUGGAAGUGCGAGACGUGCAGUAAUUUUGCCGGCUAUCUCUUUCUUCUCACCUGUAAAAGGGCCUGCUUCGCUUGUGUGUUAAGCAAGAGAAUCUUCCUGCCACUGGAGCCCAGCCAUGCUGCUCGACGGUUUGGUCUCGAUCCACACCUGCUCGAGGACGUUCCGCGUAUGACCCCCAUCCCGGGAAUUUACUCACAACACUCAAAGGAGGUCACCGCCACAACAGCUUUGCUUGACUAG